GAAGAUUCUCAUUUUUAUAACGUUAUUAAAAAAAAGCCGUGUUCGUUGGAUAUAGAAAGCCAAAUCGAUAUAUAAAAUUUAUUUAAAUGGACUCGUGCCCAACUAUUACGCCAUGUGGUUCCUGUACUGCAAAGACAAUAGACACAAGCUGUCGCACAUGCACAAAAGCCGUAACAAAUUAUCAAUGCUUGCAGCAUGUGAUUGAUGACAGCGAUACUCAACGAAAGACUUACGGUGAAUUGUUAAAAGAUUUGUUGCAAAUGGAUCAUAUGUCUAUUGUUGACGACUGCUUGCCACAAAGUGUUUGCAAAGGUUGCGCGGUUUUGCUAAGAAAUAUCUAUGCAUUUAUAUCGAAAGCCAGGGAAAGUCAGGCGGAACUUAUGGUGUCCCUGAAUAACACUAGAGGUAUAAAAUAUUCCCAAGAAACAAGUUCUAAGGUAUCUUUCUUAGAAGGAGUACAAAUUAAAAAAGAAUCUGAAAAAAUCGAUUCGCCUUUGUCGGCGUCAACGGAAGUACCAAUUACAACGAAGAUUGAAAUGUUCAAAAGUGCACCGGCAACAAGUACAGAAUUAGAAAUAAUAGGAAAUCCUCUCUUGAAUUUCAAUAAUGACAUGGAAGUAGCGGAAUAUACACUAAGUUGCAGUGAAGUCAAUUCAAUUAGUGCCUGUAACGCAAUUAGUCACUUAGAAACUGAAAAUAAGGAGGAUUUGAAAUGGCUGCAGAACCCGCUGUCUGUGCGUCGUGACAUGUGGGAUAAAAUGGACAAAAGUGACAAAUUGUAUAGAUGCCAGUCUUGCGACAAAGUCUUUAGGACUUUCCACAGUUUACAGUGCCAUCUCGCAACACAUAAUCAUGAAAAGCAGUACAAUUGUUCAGAUUGUGGCAAGUCGUUUAAACACAAAAGUAGGUUAAUGGAUCAUGUCCUUCUUCAUUCACUUGAAAGACCCUUUAAAUGUCAUAGCUGCGAUAAAGCAUUCAAAAGAUCAUCAAGCUUGCAAUCUCAUCUGAAAAUUCACUGUGAUGAAAAACCGCGCACUUGUUCUGAAUGUGGCAAAUCAUAUGAUCAUGAAGAUAAAUUUUUGGCGCAUAUGCGAAUUCAUUCCUCCGGCAAGUUGUUUAAAUGUCAUUUUUGUCAAGAAAUCUUCGGCACUUUAAACAACUUAAAAUAUCAUCAGGUCAGUCAUAACAAUGAAAGACCUCACAUUUGUUCAGAAUGUGCGAAAUCGUUUAAACACAAGGAUCAAUUGCAAGCACACAUGCGUGAUCACUUCUUUGAAAAACCUAGAGGAAGAUCAUAUAAUUGUUCGGAGUGUAACAGGUCAUUCAAACAUAAGGAUAAUUUAGAUGUACAUAAGCGUGUUCAUUCUGGUUUGGGACCUUAUGAAUGCACCGAAUGUGAGAAAACAUUCAAAUAUGCGUCCGGACUCAAAUAUCAUCUAUUACAUCACACUGUUCAAAAGCCAUAAACUUAGUAAGGAAAAUAAGCAUAAGAACCAACGACAAUACCUUCCGAUUUCUGAUAAAAGGCGUUAAUGAAUUAA